AUGGCUCUCAGGAAUGGGGAUUGGAGGCUUGAGCUUUUUUCAAUGCGGCUCCCCCCGCGCUGGAAGUGGUGGCUUCCAGUUCCCAACAUGGCGGGAGGUUCGCCCUGAAUUUCCACAGACGUAUUAAGGAACUGUCUUUUCAUCUCUCCGUCUUUUUGUCAGUCCCGGGACAACCGACCAGUAAAGUGGCUGCGUUCAAACCGGCACCAUGAGCAACAUCUACAUCCAGGAACCGCCGACAAACGGCAAGGUUUUACUGAAGACAACUGGUGGAGAUAUUGAUAUUGAACUAUGGUCAAAAGAAGCUCCCAAAGCAUGUCGGAACUUUAUUCAGCUUUGUAUGGAAGAUUAUUACGACAAUACAAUAUUUCACAGGGUUGUGCCUGACUUUAUAGUUCAAGGAGGAGAUCCAACUGGUACUGGAUCAGGAGGAGAGUCAGUCUAUGGGGGCCCUUUCAAGGAUGAAUUCCACUCACGAUUACGCUUUAAUCACCGAGGACUGGUUGCCAUGGCGAAUGCCGGCCCUCAUGAUAAUGGCAGCCAGUUCUUCUUUACUUUGGGUCGUGCGGAUGAACUUAACAACAAGCACACCAUCUUUGGAAAGAUUACUGGAGAUACCAUAUACAACAUGUUAAGGCUUUCAGAGGUUGAAACGGACAUGAAUGAAAGACCAACCAAUCCACAUAAAAUAAAAAGCACAGAGGUUUUAUUUAAUCCAUUUGAUGACAUAAUUCCAAGAACCAGUAAAAAGUUGAAGAAUGAGAAACCAGUGGAAGAAGUAAAGAAAAUGAAAUCCAAGGGCACCAAAAAUUUUAAACUGCUUUCAUUUGGUGAAGAAGCUGAAGAGGAAGAAGUAGAAGUCAAUAAAGUUAGUCAGAGUAUGAAAGGAAAAAGCAAAAGCAGUCAUGACUUAUUGAAAGAUGAUCCACAUCUGAGCUCAGUUCCUGCCAUUGAAAGUGAAAAAACAAAUGAAAAUGAUAACUCGGAUGAGGAGGAAGAGGAUGGAUCCUGUGAUGAAGAUGAUGAUAGUGAUGAAAAACAUCAAAUGAAAGAACGCAUUAUGAAAAAGUUAAAGAAAGAUACCAGUUUAACUGCAAAAAAAACAGCUAAAGAUGUGGAAACAGAGACAAAAAGUAGCCGUAGUGAGGAGCUGCGAAAGGAAGUGCGUCAGUUGAAACGUGAACUACUAGCAGCAAAACAGAAGAAAGAAGAAAAUGCCUCCAAACCAACGGAGAAUAAAAUUGAAGAGGAGGAAACUGCCCCAAACACUAUUGUUGCAGAAUAUCUUGAAGAGAAAAAGAAAUAUGAACAAUUGAGGAAGCAACAGCCAAAGAAAGGGUCUUCUCGUGAAGAACAGACAUUGGCAUUACUGGACAGUUUCAAAUCAAAGCUAAACCAGGCAAUAGCAGAAACACCUGAAAAUGAAGUGUCUGAACCCGAAGUGGAAGAUGAUGAAGGAUGGAUGUCACAUGUGCUCCAUUUUGAGGAUAAAACCAGAAAGGUAAAAGAUGCAAGUGUGCAAGAUGAGGACACUUUUGAAAUUUAUGAUCCUCGGAACCCUGUUAAUAAGAGACGACGGGAGGAAAGCAAAAAGAUUCUGAGAGAAAAAAAGGCAAGGAGAUGAAAUGAAUGUAAAGCUAGCCAGAGCCAGCUUGGAAAAUGACUGCACAAAUGUUCUGGCUCUGUAGUAGCUGGCAUCCCAAAAUAUAUCACUUACAAGGUGUGAAAAGGAAUCUGGUGUCUAAUUUGGAAACAGUGCUAUCUCCUUUGUUUUGUGAAUACUGAUGUAAAAUAAGCAUGCGUUCCCAGCAGCGCCCUUUGAAACCAUUUUUAGCAGUUAUUAUUAAUAAACACUUCAUUUCCCAUUCACA